AUGGAGAUGAAUCAAUCAAUGGGGCAGCCUAUGGGGACACAAAUGGGGCAAAUGGAGAGCAUUUCUUGUGUGUAUUGUGGUGAGGGUCAUACUUUUGACAACUGUCCUUCUAAUCCAGCAGCUGUUUGUUACAUGGGGAACCAAAAUAGGAAUGGUCCUUAUUCUAAUUCCUACAACCCAUCAUGGAGGCAACAUCCCAAUUUUUCAUGGAGUAAUCAAGGAGCUAGCCCUAGAAAUCCUUCUAUGCCUCCAAGACCAAAUUUCCCACUGGGUUACCCCCCACAAGCACCACAACAAAGGCCACAACAACAAACAAUGCAAUCUAGCUCUCUUGAGAGCAUGUUGAAGGAAUAUAUAGUGAAGAAUGAAGCCAUGAUUCAAAGCCAAGCGGCUUCAUUGAGGAACUUAGAAAACCAAGUUGGGCAACUAGCUAAUGAGCUUAGAAAUAGACCCCACGGUACACUGCCAAGUGAUACUGAGAAUCCAAGGAAUGUGGGGAAGGAACAUUGUAAAGCUGUCACUUUGAGGAGUGGAAAAGAGUUGGAGAAGGACAAGACCGAUUCUGGGCAUGAGGGUGAGCCCUCUUCAAUCCAAAUAAAUGAGGAAUUCCAAAAAGAUGCUGAACUUCCUAGUGCACAAAAAUCUGCCUCUACCCAGAAUGUUGUAAGGAUGCCACAGCAUUGUCAACCAGCAAGUUCAUUUUCAAAGCAGCCACCUCCAUUUUCUCAAUGUUUUCAGAAGCAAAAGUUGGAUUCUCAGUUCAAGAAGUUUCUAGAUAUGUUGAAGCUGUUGCAUAUCAACAUCCCACUUGUAGAGGCACUUGAGCAAAUGCCUAACUAUGUGAAAUUCAUGAAAGAUAUUCUUACAAGGAAGAGAAUGUUAGGAGAAUUUGAGAUAGUGGCUCUUACCAAGGAAUGUAGCUCAUUCUUGCAAAACAAGCUGCCACUGAAGAUGAAAGAUCCUGGGAGUUUCACCAUUCCACGCACCAUUGGUAAUUCUUAUUGUGGCAUGGAAUUAUGUGACUUGGGUGCUAGUAUAAAUUUGAUGCCCAUGUCUGUGUAUAGACAAUUGGGGAUUGGUGAAGUCUGA